AUGGCCAAGAUGGUGAUUCUUCGCUGUGUUAGACGUGGACUACUUCUACCGGUGUUCAACAAUCUGGUAAGCUUGUCUUUUGGGAGUACGAACAAAAGAGGUUGGAAACUGCUGCCACUUCUGAUUGAGCAGUCUCCAAAGCUUGAAACUCUAAUCAUCCAGGGGCUGGAUAGAGUUACACAGGCGAUGUGACCAUGCCUCCGUUCCAAGUGAAGAUGCUGCAUGUUCAUGGUUAUGGAGGAAAUGCGGAAGAGGUGGAACGCUUACAUAAAUUUAUUGGGGAGUCGGAAUGCGGUGAAGUGGUGCUAGGCUGCGGAAGCUGUGGUGGAUAAUACCAUGUAUUGCAAACCAAAAGGGUUCUAUAGUCUAUAGUUGAGGCUUCCUGGAUUUUCGGUUUCAUCCAAAUG